AUGUCUCGACUUGGCCUGUUGGCGUGGUACGCUGGUCUCCUCGCUGGAGCAGGGGCACCGGACUUUUCAACCGCAGUCCCCAUUCGCUCUGCCGCUGUCAAUCUGCACCACAAGAUCCUAGACACUAAGGCAUCUUCCCUCGCACAAGUAGCAACGACACCCACUGCUGCAAAGAAAACUACAGGUAAACUGAGAAUGCGGGCGUGA